GGAGAUCCUCCCAACUCGCACACCCCACCCUUAUGCUAUAAAGAAUCGUACAAGACUAACCGCACCCCGCACGCACAGAGCGCAGGUUAGGCAAGCAGACGGGCAAGAAAUUCCGCGUCGGCCGUGUCCUGUGGAAAGCCGUGCAGGUGGCGCUGGGCAUCUGGGCCGUCAAGCAGCUGGCGAAGUGCUGCUGCAUGCGGCGGCGGCGGCACCAGAGCAAGGACGGCGUAGCCGGCGGCAUGUACGACAAGGUUGGCGGGGGCGGGGGCGAAGACGGGUUCGGCGGCGCUACUGCUACGGGGCAAAGGGACAUGGCAUGGGCGGAGGAGCCAUCGGCAGCAGCGGCAACAGCUCCGUACGGCGACGGCGGCGCGGGCAAAUACGGCUACAACGCGGCACUCAGCGGCGGUGCGGCUAGCGAGGACAGCAGGACGGAAUUCUCCGUCUCCGUCAUGUCGUCCGUCGGCAGCGGGCCUCCGCCCGAGAUGGGCGUCGUGGCCAGCACGACGCCGCUGAUUAUGCCGCCGGCAAACACUGCCGCGUCUGUCUCGGCGGUAUCCGGAGGAGGAAGAUCGAGGUCGUCGUCAUUGGUCAGCGGCGCUGGUGGCGGCGCGGCCGCGCAGUAUUAUUCCAGCCACCCGCUGUCCGUGUCGCCCGAGCCGUCGCCCGGCCCGGCCGCCGUCAUGUUCCCGCCAUCGCCUGCUUCUACCGCCGUGGGCCCUGCUGUGCCCAGUGGCUACAGGACCAGCGAAUAUGCCAUGUCUGCCCCGUACAACGGAGGCGGCGAGCGGGAUCCUCUGGCCCCUGGCCGUUCCUGAGAGGCGGCCGGACGGGGGUCGAGAAAUGGUACUUGAUUCUACACCCGGCUGUCCAUGACAAAGUGGGUGGCGGUGUGUUUUUAGAAGGAGCAGCGUUUGCAUUUGAAGCUCGGUACACGGCGUCUUGCUUUAUCGUUUUUGUAGAGGAGGGCAUCUGCAUGACAAAGUUGUACAGGUUUCUUCUCGUAU